AUGGCUCCAGUUGGUGCUGGACUUUGGCGAACUUUGCGUGCUCAUCAGGUGUAUGGAGCAAAUACUGAUGUUGGGAAAACAAUUGUGUCGACGGUGUUAUGUAACGCGGUCCAGAGACAGAAACAACGAGCUGCGUUCUUGAAGCCAGUGUCAACAGGUGCACUAGAUGAUGCAGAUGAUCGACACAUCGACCGAUAUGGCGCUGGAACAUUGACCAAAUGUUUAUAUCAAUUCGAUGAACCAGUAAGCCCGCAUAUCGCGGCCAAAUCAAAGACUAUCCCACGGGAUAAUGACCUGCUUGCAUCAAUUCAUAAGACACUGUCUGGUUGGGCACGAACAGACAUUGACUUCGCAUUGGUUGAAACAGCAGGAGGUGUGCACUCUCCUGGCCCCAAUGGCAACUCCCAAGCCGACCUCUACCGGCCUCUCCGACUGCCAAUUGUUCUAGUUGCAGACUCUCGACUGGGAGGAAUCUCCUCAUCCAUCUCGGCAUAUGAGUCUCUGUUGCUGCGUGGAUAUGAUGUACAAUCCGUAUUAUUAUUCCGCGACGACUAUUAUCAGAACCAUGAUUAUCUUGGCAAGUACUUCCGUAACAAGAGUAUUCCUCUAGUUCAUCUCCCAGCUCCGCCUAGCAAGCCAUUGCAAACGGAUGCCGAUGCUCAGAAGAGAGAUGAAGAAGCUAUGUUCAAAUAUUAUCGCCAAGCGUCAGAGGAGUCGGAUAUUCUCCGUCUCUUAGAGGAGCUGAAUCUCAGAAAUGAGCAGCGGAUUGAGAAAUUAGAAGAAAUGGCUGAUCGAGCCCAUGACUUGAUUUGGUAUCCCUUCACUCAACAUCAAGGGAUGCAGGCCAAGGAUAUUACUGUCAUUGAUUCUGCCCACGAUGACUAUUUCCAAACGUUUGGAUCUCGUCAGACUCAGAACUCGGAGAGUGAACUCCGACCGACAUUCGAUGGAUCCGCAUCUUGGUGGACUCAGGGUCUAGGCCACGGAAACCCCGACCUGGCCCUCUCAGCGGCAUAUGCAGCCGGCCGCUACGGCCAUGUUAUGUUUGCUGGCGCCGUUCAUGAGCCUGCGUUAUCUCUUGCUGAUAAUCUGCUGAAGACUCUUGAUAACCCCCGGUUUGCGAAGGUUUUCUAUACUGAUAAUGGAAGCACAGGAAUGGAGGUCGCUAUCAAAAUGGGUCUCCGAGCUGCAUGCGAUCGCUACGGCUGGGAUGCCAGUCAAGAGAAGAUUAAUAUCUUGGGCCUUAAGGGCAGCUACCACGGUGAUACCAUUGGUGUGAUGGACUGUUCUGAACCAUCAAUUUACAACAAGAAGGUCGAGUGGUACCGCGGCCGAGGACACUGGUUUGAUUUCCCUCUGGUCAAGAUGGUUGAUGGAAAGUGGAAGGUGGAAGUGCCUGCAGAGCUUCAAGAAGACUUGGGUUCUGACAUGGAUUUUAAUUCCUUGGGCUCCGUGUUUGAUCUGGAUCAACGCCUGGGCUCGGAAACCAGUCAGCGUUAUAAGAAAUACAUCCAUCGCACUAUCAAGGAUUUGGUAGACACGCACGGCAUGAAGUUCGGCGCUUUGAUCCUAGAGCCCGUCAUUCUGGGUGCCGGUGGAAUGCUCUUCUGUGACCCAUUAUUCCAGCGCUGCCUCACUGAUGUUGUUCGUGAACACCCAGAGCUCUUCUCAUCUAACGCGCCGGCAGCUAAGACAUCCCCAUCAUGGUCUGGAUUGCCUGUCGUUUUUGAUGAAGUGUUUACAGGACUCUACCGACUCGGACGCCCUACAUCUGCGUCUUUCUUAGGUGUACACCCGGAUAUCGCUGUAAACGCCAAGCUUUUGACUGGUGGACUCAUUCCUCUCUGCACCACGACAGCCAGCAAGGAGAUUUUCGAUGCCUUUUCUAGUCCCGAGAAGAGUGAUGCUCUCCUUCACGGUCACAGCUACACAGCUCAUGCUAUGGGUUGUACAGUCGCGGUUGACUCACUGCGUACAAUGUCUGAGAUGGAUAAGGAUGGGUCUUGGGAUGAAUAUCGCACAGAUUGGAAUGAGAGCUCUACAUUGGAAGAGACUUCCACUCCCGAGGUAUGGAGUGUCUGGUCAAAUGCGCUUUUGAAGGACCUUUCCUGCGCGGAAUCAGUAGAAAGUGUCUUUGCUAUUGGAACGGUAUUAAGUAUCUCUCUGCGAGAUGAGCAGGGUGGGGGAUACACUUCCAAUGCUGCCAAGGGCUUGCAGCAGAACUUUAGGGCUGGCGGAGACCAGUUUAAUGUUCAUUCCCGAGUCCUGGGCAAUGUACUCUACUUGAUGUCUAGUGUGACCUCCAAGCCGGAGUCCCUGAAAGAAAUGGAGAGACUUCUGCGAUCUUCCCUCACAUGA